GACGAACAUUGCCCAUCUAUUAUAUAUUCAAUAUUUCCUGUAUUUUUUUCGUUUGAGAACAACUUUCGCUAAGGACCGCAGCCAUGGACCACAAGGAGUUCAGAGUGAAAGCGAAAGAGCUGGUGGACUAUAUGGCGGAUUACCUGGAGAACAUCAGAGACCACAAGGUGUACCCUGGCGUACAACCAGGGUACCUCCACAAACGACUCCCGGACCACGCGCCGGAGAUGCCGGAGAAAUGGGACGACAUCUUCAAGGACGUCGAAGAUCACAUCAUGCCCGGGAUCGUCCACUGGCAGAGUCCCCACAUGCACGCCUACUUCCCAGCGUUGACCUCUUACCCAUCAAUCAUGGGAGAAAUGCUUUCCAGUGCUAUGAACGUUCUCUGCUUCACCUGGGCCUCGUCGCCAGCUGGUACAGAAUUGGAGACGAUCGCGAUGAACUGGCUCGGGAAGCUCCUCGGUCUGCCGGAGUGCUUCCUCAACGAAAAGAACGACAGCCAAGGAGGAGGUGUGAUACAGACUACAGCAAGCGAGGCAACCCUGGUGAGUCUGCUGGCUGCUCGCACCAGGGCUCUGAUGGAACUAUCGGCUCUCAACCCUGACAUGCAGUCUUCUGAACUGCUCGGACAUUUGAUAGCGUACUGCUCGGACCAAGCACAUUCCUCAGUGGAGAAGGCUGGACUCAUUGGUCUGGUGCGGAUGCGUUACAUAGAGUCGGAUGAGCACCAGUGCAUGAGAGGUGACAAGUUAGAGGAAGCCAUCAUCAACGACAAAGCCAAGGGACUGGUCCCGUUUUGGGUUUGCGCCACUCUCGGUACGACAGGGUCCGUAGCCUUCGACGAUCUCCGGGAAAUAGGCCCGGUGUGUGACCAGCACUCCAUCUGGCUGCACGUAGAUGCUGCAUAUGCUGGGAGCGCUUUCAUAUGCCCCGAAUACAGACACUGGCUGGAUGGGAUCGAGCUGGUGGAUUCCUUCGCCUUCAAUCCAUCCAAGUGGCUGAUGGUAAACUUCGACUGCACCGGCAUGUGGGUCAGAGACAGUAACGCUCUGCACAGAACCUUCAACGUGAACCCUAUUUAUCUAAGACACGAAAAUUCAGGCAAAGCUAUCGACUACAUGGUUGGUUCUCAACACGCGAACACCAGGCGGAGAAUCGAAACCGAGAUCCUCGUCAAAGGUGAUGAGCAUGACGACAGUGUUAUAAGUGACGAGGGUUACCCGCCCAGUGAGGAGAGUAGUCUCACUGACGACAGUGACGAGGAUAUCAAACCACGGGACGCGCCAGUAGCUGAUAAGAUACAGUUGGAAAACCCCGAUAAGAAAGAGCCGCUCCAUUGGCAGAUACCUCUCAGUCGACGGUUCAGAGCUUUAAAGCUGUGGUUCGUAUUGAGGAACUAUGGAGUGAGCGGCCUCCAGAAACACAUAAGAGAGAGCGUCCGUCUAGCUCAGAAGUUUGAGGCCUUGGUGCUAGCUGAUCAACGUUUUGAAAUACCACAACCACGGAAUCUGGGCAUGGUUGCUUUCCGUCUCAAGGGAGACAACACCCUCACCGAGUACCUUCUGAAGCGCCUGAACGCCCGCGGCUACCUACACGCCGUGCCGGCAUGUUUCAAGGGCGUCUACGUCAUCAGGUUCACCGUCACCUCCCAAAGAACCACCAACCAGGACAUACUCGACGACUGGACAGAGAUUAAGACGGUGGCGUCCGAAAUACUGAAGGAAAUGUUUGGAUCAGAAAACGGAAACAUCGUGGUGUCCAAGAAACCGAGGAUUUCUUUGAAAGGAUCCAGCCCCGCCGACCGUUCCAUCUCAUCACCUGUGGUAUCCAGCACUACCGUAAAACCAGUCGCCUGCACGGACACCAACCAGUUACUAGUACCAAUGACUCCAUCCAGACAGUUCAGGUCGAAAUCUGUCGACGAAACCGAUUUGAAGCUAGACGACGCGGUCAUCUCCGUAGACAUCAAAAACAACGAGAUCACGCUCACGCCGACCGAUUCUAAAAGCAUUCUCGACGCUCGCGACGUAUCCGAGCUCAAAAUCGGCGAUCGGAUCUCGAGGGCAUUCGACCUCAUGGACACUAACAAUAUGGAAUGUAAGGAAGCGGGCGAAGCCAAGUUGACCAUCAAAGGACCCGGGAGCUACAUUAAGCAGAUCAUACAGCAGUUCAGCGAGGGACCCUUCGACGCGGAGGACUGCAAACCUGACCCAGGACGAGCUGUCGCCACACAGAGCCUCAAACAGCGGGCUGACGCGUUUUGCAAGAAAUGCCUUCACUACAAGGGCGUCAACAAGUAACCCCACCGCGAGACACUUAGUAAUCUUUGUUCAUAGAAGCUCUACAUGUCCAAGUCCUAAGAAAGUUUCCGCGCUUUACUGGUCAGUCCAACUAACCCAAGUUAGUCUUAACCGGUAUUAUACGAACUAACUCGGUGCAUCCUUUUGGUGAUUUUUUUUUUUAAUUUAUCGAUUUAUUUUUCGGUUAAUUUUAAAUAAAAAGUUAAGUUAACUUCGAAGCACAACCUUGUUUGUUAAACGUAUUUUCUAUUUUAUUUUCGUAUUGUAUACAGCAGCAGCUCAAAUUUUACGAUGAAAUUGAGAUAUAUUAUAUUAUAGUGGGUAGUUUAGCUUCGUUAGUUAAGUAUUGUAGUUAAUAUAACCGUGACAUUAACUGCUGUGCCGCAUCAAUAACGUUUUAAUUAAUUAAUAUUGUACGCUCGUUGAAAACUAUAUAUGAUAAAUUAUUUAUAGUUGUAGGCAACUAACUAACUGUAUGUUGGCAAACGUUUGGAAAGUUACUGUAACCUUAUGAAUAUAUGUGUAUUGAA